UAUAAUAAUUACGUUGUAAUUACAAUGAAUAUUGACGAAGAGUCCGACUAUGAGGAAGAAGAAUUUUUAAUUUUCGCUGAUUUCAAAAAUCAACUUGGUGCACUUGAUCUAGAUGAGAAUAUAGCUGUUAAAAUCAUAGGACUUGAAAAGGACCCAAUCGCUGAAGUGAAUGGAAAUAUCUUUAAAGGUACAUAUGACUAUCCAAUGGGUACAUGCGUUUUCUUUGAAAAAGAUUCAGACGCUGCGCCGUCAGAUCCUCUAUUCGAAACGAGCUGUCGGCAGAAAUAUAAAUACUUUGCUAAAACCAAUAAAGUUAUAAAUUUUGAACGUAAAGGGUGAUUUUUUAAGAGCUUGAUAACUUUUUUUAAAAAAAA